UCCGAUCAUAUUAUCCCAAAACCCUCACCCUUCUUCAUGUAAACCCUAGAUUCCAACUUCCAAAUCGAUCCUACUAUGGACCUCACUCAUCUCCAUCCAUAAACAAAUCCAUCAAACCAUCGCAAAAUCCUCCACUCUUCUUCAGAUUUGCAGGCUAGAGCUUCAAAAUCAAGGACGAUGAGGUUCCAUGAACAGAUGAAGAGUCUAUUCUACAAUCGAUGGCUCGUUUUCGUGGCUUCAAUGUGGGUUCAAUCGUGCUCCGGAAUCGGGUACAUGUUCGGAAGCAUAUCGCCGGUGAUUAAGAGAAAUAUGGGUUAUAAUCAGCGGCAGAUUGCGAUGUUGGGUGUGGCUAAGGAUCUGGGUGAUGCGAUUGGGUUCGUAGCUGGUAGUUUGUGUGAAAUUGCUCCGAUUUGGGUGGUUCUGUUCAUCGGAGUUGCUCAGAAUUUCUUAGGGUAUGGUUUGGUUUGGCUAAGUACCAAACACACAUUGCCUGAAAUGCCUCUGUGGGUGCUAUGUGUUUGCAUAUUCGUUGGAACGAAUGGCGAAACCUACUUCAAUACGGGGGCUCUUGUAUCCGGAGUUCAAAACUUCCCUAAAAGCCGUGGCCCAGUUGUCGGGAUUCUAAAGGGUUUCGCGGGCUUGAGCGGUGCAAUCUUGACACAAGUUUACACCAUCUUCAAUUUCCCCGAUCAGGCGUCGGUUAUUUUCAUCGUUGCAGUGGGACCCACGAUCGUAAUCUCUUCGGUAAUGUUUGUGGUUCGACCCGUUGGCGGCCAUAGACAAGUUAGACAAUCCGAUGGCUCGAGCUUUUUAUUUCUUUAUGGUGUUUGCCUCAUUCUUGCAGCUUAUCUUUUGGGAGUUUUGAUCCUACAAGAUGUCGUCGAUCUGAACCAGACAACCGUCACUUGGCUCACGGUCGGGCUGUUAAUUCUCAUAUUGCUUCCCAUCGGAAUCCCCCUUUUUUUGGUGUUUUUCUCGUCUUCCGAAUCGCAGAACUCAGCUGCGGAAACCCUUCUGAACAAUGAUCAAAAGCAAAAAAUGAUCGUUUAUGAGCAAGACGGAAAUGAAGUGAUAAUGAGCGAGGUUGAAGACGAGAAGCCUUCAGAAGUGGACUCACUUCCGGCUCACGAAAGGCAAAAACGGAUCUCCCAUUUGCAAGCGAAACUGGUGCAAGCGGCGGCCGACGGAGCCGUGAGGGUUAAUCGUAAGAAGGGUCCACGAAGAGGGGAGGAUUUUACGUUAAUGCAGGCGUUGGUGAAGGCCGAUUUUUUGCUCAUGUUUUUCUCCCUCGUGCUGGCUUCUGGAUCGGGUUUGACCAUAAUCGAUAACCUCGGUCAAAUGUGCCAAUCGCUCGGCUAUGAAAACCCUCAUGUUUUCGUUUCCAUGAUCAGCAUUUGGAACUUUCUUGGUCGUGUCGGUGGCGGAUACUUCUCCGAGAUAAUCGUAAGAAAGUAUGCGUACCCGAGACCAGUGGCAAUGGCUGGAGUUCAAGUCGUAAUGGCAGGUUCGCUGUUAUACUACGCGGUGGGCGCCCCCGGUGCUAUUUAUGUGGUUUCGGUAGUCAUGGGACUUUGUUACGGGGCCCACUGGGCCAUCGUUCCCUCCGCCGCCUCGGAACUAUUCGGUUUGAAGAGUUUUGGCGCGUUGUAUAACUUUCUUGCACUCGCGAGCCCAACAGGUUCCUUAAUCUUCUCCGGUGUCAUCGCUAGCGGAAUUUACGACUAUGAAGCAAAGAAACAGAGUUCGGUAAAACAUCAUGUCUUUCACGACAACGAAGAACUCACGUGCUACGGCACCAUUUGCUACUCCAUCACUUGCGGGAUCUUAUCUGCACUUUGUAUAAUCGCGGUUUUCUUGAGUAUGAUCGUCGUCCACAGGACAAAACGAGUCUACGCUCAACUCUAUGGAAAUUCUCGCGCUUAACGUUCAAAGAGAGGUACAUUAUACAAAAGCUCUCGGCAUCGUUUAUGUACGCUAUAAGAUGAUUCUUCUUUCGGGAUCCUCGAGUUCUAUAUUCUUUUGUACAAUAUAGUGUUUGGAGAGUUUGGGGUCUUUACUGAAAAAACCGCUCUGCUCUUUGAGGUAGAAACGAGUUUGUGUACAUCACACCCUCUCAAGACCCCCACCUUCAACUGGGAUCGUUUGGUUUGGUUUACUAUAGUGUUUGUAUAUUGUGGUUAGGGCUGUAAAUGAACCGAACAUUUAGCGAACCGUUCAUGAACCGUUCGGUGUAAGAAGUUCAUUUAUGUUCGUUUAUUUAAUAAAUUAACGAACGUGAACACAUUUUUUUUGUUUGUUUAAUUAAAUGAAUGAACAUAAACAAUUGUCUCGUUCGUUAA